AUGGCGCAUCGUGGCCGCCCAAUGCAGGAUAUCGACGGUCCCAUUCCCGCCAGCGGGGUGUCGUCCUCCUCUCGGGAGGCACAAGCCAGGAAUGACCAUGGAACGCAUGUACAAACUCAUGAAGAAGUGGGUGUCAAAUUGGAAAAUGCAAAAACAAGGAAUCCACAGCUUCAAUACGAAUCCAAAAUUUACAAGAGUCUCCAAGGAGGAACUGGCAUUCCCAGUUUGAGAUGGUUUGGGGUUGAGGGUGACUACAAUGUGCUGGUCCUUGAUUUUCUUGGCCCUAGCUUGGAAGAUCUUUUCAACUUCUGCAACCGGAGGUUUUCGCUCAAGACGGUUCUAAUGCUAGCGGACCAAAUGAUCUCGAGGCUGGAGUUCGUCCAUUCCAAAAGCUUUCUUCACCGUGACGUGAAGCCUGAUAACUUUUUAAUGGGCCGAGGCAAGCGAGCAAACCAGGUUUUCAUCAUCGAUUUUGGGCUCGCCAAGAAGUAUCGGGAUCCAAACACUCACCAACACAUCUCAUACAGGGAGGACAAAAGCUUGACAGGGACUGCAAGAUAUGCCAGUAUCAACACUCAUAUUGGCAUUGAGCAAAGCCGGAGGGAUGACCUUGAGUCUCUUGGUUACGUUCUACUCUACUUCUUGAGGGGAAGUCUUCCUUGGCAAGGCCUGAAAGCAGGAAACAAGAAACAGAAGUACGAUAGGAUCAGCUCAAAGAAGAUUUCAACUCCCAUUGAGGUUUUGUGCAAGUCAUGUCCAACGGAAUUUAUAACGUUUCUACACUAUUGCCGGGCUCUUCGCUUCGAGGAAAAGCCAGACUACAAUUACCUGAAGCGCCUCUUUCACGAUCUCUUCAUCCGAGAGGGAUAUCCAUACGAUUGUAUGUUCGACUGGACCAUUUUGAAGAGGCAGCUCGCCACUGCACAGCAGCAAUCUCCAGCAACUGCCUUGGUGAACAAAGCUGAGAAGCCAGCAGCCGCCGGAGCCGGCCAACAAGACGCUGCAAAGUCCCGGAACUUAACCUCUCCGGAGCCGCCAAAGAGGCGAAUUCACGACUUGUGCACCAAAGACAGCGCUGAUGCAACCGGCGAGCUGUCCAAGCAAUCGCUCACGACAUCUUCCAAGCAGAGGCUUUUGGCGUCGCCAUUUAGCAAGGCCCAAGUUUACAAGCCGGGAGGGGUUCAAAACCCACUCCAAACAAGCAAGCUACAACUCAAGCUUCCCACGACCUCGGAGAUGAAGAGACCAUCCUCGAAUCGCCACUCAUCCACGAUACGGAGCUAUGAGGCCACCCUCAAAGGGAUCGAAAGCCUGUCCUUUGAGGCACAGAAGAAAAUCAAGUAGCUUCUUAUAAAA